AUGCCACCCAAAGGUAAAGUUGACCGACGAGAAGAGAAUGAGUUGCGGAGGGAAAGGAGGAGAACGCAGAAAGAGAAUAUAACAAGAAUCAGAAUCGCACUGAGUAAGGGAAAAUUGGCUAUUUGUGUUGGAUCGGGUGUAACCCUAUAUUCAGUUCGUGCUGGCGAAAGAAGACGUAUGGGUUGGGCCGGCCUUAUCAAGAAUGCGCUCCAAUGGCUCGAGAACCAAGCAGGACCGAUUGCAAAUCAAUACAGGGCCGACAUGGACUAUGCACGGGAAAUACUAGCACGUCAGCAGAUUGGGGAUCAAGAUCUUUUCGAGGCUAUCAAUAGGUUACAAAAAGUCAUGUCAAAGCGUAAUGACCUUUUCUCAUCAUGGCUGAGGCACCAAUUCGAAACUCUGUAUACUCUCAUCACUCGCCCGCAAAUUCUUGAUAGUCUGCGGGAGCUUCACCGAAAGGGGGCUAUGUUGUUCACCACGAACUAUGAUGAUCUGCUGGAAAAGCAUAUUGGGAUUCCAUCUCUUACUCGCACCGAUGAAAAUGGCGUACUUGCGUACGAACGAAAAUCUCUUGAUGCGGUAUUUCAUAUCCAUGGCCAUUGGCAAGAUCCUGGAACUGUUGUACUAUCUGCAGAACAUUACUACACCGUUAAAACGCACGCUGGUGUCCAGGAAACAUUGAGCCACCUCCUGGCUACCAAGACCGUACUUUUUGUUGGAUGCGGUGGCGGUUUGGGAGAUCCUAAUGUUGGUCCGCUCUUACGAUGGAUUGGAAAUAGACAUGCACAGCGUGGAGCCGGCCACUACAUUUUGCUCGCUAAACACCAAAGGAACCCGGUGCCUGACUUAUCGUUGAACCAUUGCGUCUGUGCUAAUUAUGAUGCUAUUGCUCCGUGGUUAAUGGGGCUUCUGCCUGAUGAUGACCAACGUGAGGGUCUUGUUCAUGAAUUGCCAAGCAACAGCCGACGGUUGAACGUUUUUAACUGGCUUUCGCCGUACGACCAAACCGGGUUCUUGGAUGCGAACUUAAAUCGACAGAGCGGCGCUCCUAUCCCAUUCCACCACUUGGUCACGCAUCGUGAGGAUUUCUGGGAGGCAGAUGGACGUAACUUCAGUUUUAUGUGGGCUAUCGCGGAAAGAGAUGAGGGUAAGACGAUGUUCUGUUCUUCGGUAAUAGAUGCCACUAGACAGGCUUGCAGAUUAGCAACUACCCGACGAAGUCGAGAUUCCCUUGCUUACUUCUUCUGUGCAACAUACGACCUGAAUAAUCCAGGAGAGCGAGCUCAGUACGACUUCAGCGAAUUCUGUCGUACCGUCCUGAAUCAAUUGUGUCCGCCAAACAGAGUCUACCCGGCCCUUCGCGAGUUAUGUGCUCAAUGCACGCAAUACCACCCUGCAAGGCAACCGACUAAUGCAGAGCUUCAGCAGGCUCUCAUUGGCGUCAUUAGUGAGCUUGACCGCGAAUUUCGAGGGUCCCAGGGUGAUGUAAUUUCACCGGGAGAGACGUACCUGAUACUCGAUGGGAUCGACGGCCUACCCGCUGAUAGACAACCUGAUUAUCUGAUAUUCUUAAGAGAAUUGAACAACCACCAGUUUCAGCAUUUCCAUAUACUAAUAUCUAGCAACUCCCUGCCGUGGCUUAAUUUAUGGCUAAGCGGUGGAACACCUCAACAGCCAUGGGUUCGAACCUAUAUAAACUGGGAUCAGCACAUGGUACCUAUAAGGGCUGAAUUCAUUACCAGGUUCCUCGAUAAGAUGGUUAUGCGCGGGUUACACGAUCCUCUCCAGAGAGAUUUCAUUUAUGACUCGCUGAGAUUUACUCCGCUUAGCUUUCAUGAUGUAUAUUUGGUAUUGCAAGGGUUGUGGAAUUUGCCAGCUUUCACUGUGCCAGCUAUUCAAGCUCAAAUAUUCGGACCAUAAUACGGAUGCAUCGAUAUAUAUGGUUAGGAUAGUUGAGACAAGAAAAGAAAGAAGGAAAGAAAGAAGAAGAAGAGAGAGAUAAAGAGAUAAAGAGAUAGAUAUCAAUUGAUGAGGUUAUGUAAUAUUGAGCACAGUUCACACAGUC